CUUUUCAAAACAAGAUUAGCAAAGAAAGAGAGAGAUUUUAAUCCCAUUAUAAAAUGUCAAUUUGUGGGUUUUGAGCAAACCAAAGUCCUAAUUAGAAACUUUAAAAUUACCAACAUGUCAACAAGUAGUAGACACGUGUGUGAUGUGAAACACCAUUUCAGUUUCAGCCAGAAGAUUCACCCCCAUCAUAAAUAAAUCAAAUUAAAUAUCUUGGUACCCCAAAAUCUUAGUGCUCUCCAACCAGAUAGAAACCCAAAACAAAAACAAAAAAAAACCUCCAUUGAAAUCCCAAAACCCACACCACCAGCCACUUACCCCACACUUCACAUCAUUUCCUUCAUAAAAAAGCUCAAAACCAUCUCUCUUUCAAAGCUCAAAAACUCAAAACACAAACUCAAAACAUAAAGCUAUGGCUCUGCACAACCUUAACCUCCUCCCCUACUUCCUCCUUCCUCUCAUUUCCCUCCUCUCCAAUCACAUCCCUCCAGCUCAAGCCCUCACAGCACCUUCAGACAUCUCAGCCCUCAAGGCCUUCAAAGCCUCAAUCAAAGCCUCCUCAAUCCCGCCAUGGUCUUGCUUGGCCUCCUGGGACUUCACCACAGACCCAUGCGCCCUCCCUCGCCGAACCCACUUCACAUGCGGGUUAACGUGCUCGCCCGACUCGACCAGGGUCACCCAGAUCACCCUUGACCCGGCUGCUUACUCGGGCACACUCACCCCGCUAAUUUCUCAGCUCACCCAACUCUCCACCCUCGACCUCUCUGAAAACUCCUUCUCCGGCCCCAUCCCAUCUUCCAUUUCCUCUCUCUCCAAGCUCCAGAGUUUAACUCUCCGAUCCAACUCGUUCUCUGGCUCUCUCCCUCCCUCCAUAACCAACCUCAAAUCCCUCGAAUCGUUGGACAUUUCGCACAAUUUCUUAUCUGGGUUCCUCCCAAACGCCAUGAAUUCGCUGCCCAAUUUGAGAAGGCUCGAUCUGAGCUUCAACAAGCUCGCUGGAUCACUUCCAAAAUUGCCCCCCAACUUGCUGGAACUCGCUCUAAAGCGCAAUUCUUUAUCCGGGUCGGUUCCAAAAUCAGCUUUUACUGGGUUGAUUCAGUUGGAAGUGGUCGAACUCAGUGAAAACUCGUUCUCUGGCACCUUACAAUCCUGGUUCUUUCUCCUCCCCUCGCUCCAACAAGUCGAUUUGGCCAAUAACAGCCUGACAGGUGUUGAGAUCCCGAAGCCCGCGGGUAAUGGCGGAGGCGAGCUCGUGGCCGUCGACUUGGGAUUUAACAGAAUCGAAGGGUACCCGCCAGUGAAUUUCGCGGGCUAUCCUGUGCUGUCGUCACUGUCGCUUCGUUACAACCGGCUACGUGGCAGGAUCCCAUUGGAGUACGGGAGGAAAAAGUCGUUGAAGAGGUUGUAUUUGGACGGAAACUUCCUGAUUGGACAGCCGCCGGCGGGAUUGGUGACCGGCGGUGUCUCCGGUAGCUUGGGGGAUAAUUGUCUGCAGGCGUGCCCAGCUUCUUCAAAUCUGUGCCUGCCUUCGCAGAAACCAAACGCCAUUUGCAAGCAAGCGUAUGGUGGAAGGAAAGGAAAAGGAAAACCGAGGUCUUGAUGACUUGAAGUUGAAGCGUCAGAUUGUUUUGUCGGUCGAUUAUUAUUAUUAUUUUCAAAAGGUUAAUAAGCAAAAAUGUAUAAUGCUUUUUGUAUAGUGUAACAUAAAUUAUACAUAUAUUAAUGUAGGCCCUCCGAUCUUAUCAUGUAUUAAUGAUAAUCCCAGCGUUUGUCUUA